AGUUGGAUGACAGAUUUUCUUUGCUGUAAGGGGCAUCAGAUGAAUUCAAGAUGGCUGCCUCCACUUGCCACAUUGUGAACCGGUGUCUCUUGCUUUUGGUGGUCAGAGCAAGUUUGGAGGGAAUACUUGCAGAUGGUAAAGAGAAGCCAGUUGAUAUUGUGCCGAAGGAAAGACCACCUGUUGUGUCUGUGGACGACACCAAUUUCAAAGAAGCGCUAACUGGAAGCAGGGAAGAUCCUAACAAGAGCCAUGGCCACAUAGACAAAAUCCUACAACUGGACAAACCGAUCACGUCCUCAACAGUACAAGACACAAAGGUUAAAGAUACUCUACAGGCACUGCUGAAAAUCUACAAUGAUGAUGUCAAACCUUUGGAAGAUGCCUAUCGAUUCUCUGACCUCAACAGGGAUGCCAUCUCAGAGGGUGAGAUAUUUGCCAAGCCUUUGGUGUUGUUCCUGGGUCCAUGGAGUGUAGGCAAGUCCACCAUGAUCAACUAUCUUCUGUCUAUGGAGGGGUCUCACCAGAGACUGCAUACAGGAGCUGAGCCAACAACCAGUGACUUCACCGUUCUACUGGACGGUCCCCACUACCGCACCAUCAAGGGCAUGGAACUUGUCACAGAUAAGACCAACCACUUCUCCCCCCUUCAGAAGUUCGGUCUUGGCUUCACAGAACGCCUUCAAGGGAAGCAGUUUCCCUCAAAGCUCCUUCAGAAAGUCUCCAUUGUCGAUACCCCCGGGAUCAUCGAGAACAAGAAACAGCAACAACGUGGAUACCCAUUCAACGAAGUGUGUCAAUGGUUCAUCGACAGAGCUGAUAUCAUAUUCCUUGUUUUUGAUCCAACAAAACUGGAUGUGGGAUCCGAGCUGUCGAUUCUCUUCAAACAGGUCAAAGGACAUGAGGCGAAAAUUCGUCUUAUCCUCAACAAAGCAGACACAGUGUCAGCCCAGGAGUUGAUGAGGGUGUAUGGAGCCCUGUUUUGGAGCUUGGCUCCUUUGGUCAAUGUGGUGGAGCCACCAAGAGUAUAUGUUGGAACAUUCUGGACCAAUGUAAAGACUGAUCACAGCAUGGCUCAGCUGUUCUAUGACGAAGAGCUUGCACUUCUGCAUGACCUAAAUCAAGUCAUGCAGAAUCAAAUAGAAAACAAAGUGUCGUUCAUCCGACGACAUGCAUUUUAUGUCCGCCUACAUGCACUCAUUAUUGACAGGUACAUCGGCGUGUUUAACGAAAACAAUUGGUGGAAGUUUAGCAGAAACGAGGAGCUCUUCAAGAAGAUCAUCACGGAUCCGGACAACUACAACUUAUUCAAAAGUAUUCUGUCCAACAAGGACAUAAGUCGACAUGAUUUACCAUCAGCCAGUGAAUAUAUGGAAUUCUUUUCGAUAAACUCUCUGGAUUUGUUUAAGCCUUUGAGUGCCUACUGCCCGUGGACACCUAUGUACACAUGUGAUAUGGUGAAACUUGAGGCGGCUAUUAACACCAAGCUACCACAGCUUCUGGCUUCUCUCAAACCUGCGCCAGGGACAUGUACCAAGGACACAUGUACCAAGAAGAAGCCAUAACGUGGCGCCAUUAUGUCUCAUAUCCGUACCCUUUCUGUGAUAGGUAACCAUGGUAAUAUCCCUGUGCACCUUUUUAAUUUCUUUGAUUAAGCAUUUGCCUUUUUUUCUAAAUGUGAAAAAUAUAUUGUUGCUUUGGACUAAUUUCUAUUUUAGUGGAAUACAAAUGCUAGUUUAUUACACAUGAUACAAUUAUUCCACAAUUAUUCCACAAUGCUAGUUUAUUGACUAUGAGGUCAAAUUGUAUUUUGUAAAAGGAUUUCUGAUGUAUUAACACUUUGUGUUACUGUGUUAAUAAAUUAACAGAACGACAAAGAAAUACAUUUUUACACAUCUUUGAAAUAGAUAAAAAAAAUCUGUUCAAUAGAAUUUUUUUGCACAGAUUUGUAUACACACUAGAUCCUAGUCGAGGCCUUCAUCCUGCCAUGCUAGGUCCAGAGGGGCAGUUUGAUAGUCAAGUGGUUGGUGUGAUUGACAGUUAUGUAUAGGGUCUGGUUCUAAUCCCCCUGUGAAUGUAUUGAAUGGCUGUUGUGGCUCUUCUGUAUUAGUGAUAUUUGCUAAGAUUGUUGUGGACGUGCAACACAUUUCACUCCGAGUCCCAACACAUGCCAGAUAAGCCAGCAACCAAAGAUAGUCAUGGUGAGAUCAAAGAAUGAUAUUUCUAUCCUAAGAUUUGUAUCCUUACAAAUAUGUUAUCAUUCUUUCUGAAUAAUUUUGUUAUAUACACAAUUACUGCAUUACGAUUUUUUUUGCUGUGAAACAAUAAGUUGAAUAAUUAAGUGUUGAAUGUCUUGAUUCUGAUUAAAAUGUUUUCAACACUAUUUCUAUUAACCUUGAAUUAUACCUCUAACCAACCCCUUGAUUACUUGUCUGCAUGGAGGAUUCGCAGAAACAUCCAGUAUUGAGGUCGUAGGGAAGAUAACACUGAACUAUAUAUACCAUGUUGUUUAGCCUCGUCUGAACAGUUGCAGACAGUCCCUUAGAAACCCCUACGGCCAGACCUUUGUUCUUUUUUAUUUACAGAUUUUGACAGUGAAAAUUUGUUGAGAAGGUGAAUAAAAUAGAAAAUGCAUUGUACAGGAUUUUUUUAAACAUCUUAAAGUUUGAUUUUGAUUGCUUGGUGAAGAUGCAUAAAAGGUGAUUCAUUGUGGGAAAAAUACAAAUAUCCCUUGGAUUGUUUCAAUGUCAAAGUGAUCUUGACCAUUGGUGGGCUUAAAAACUACUUUACAUUCUGAUUUUUCUAUGGUUGACGGAUCGGUAAAUUAAGCUAAAACAAAUGUAAGGCUCAACCGAUUUAUGAUAGCCUAACCCUUUAAAGUUUUAUAUUUGUCAUGUGCUUGUGUGAUGUGCUUGUGUGAUGGCCUUGUGAGCAAAAGUAUUUUUCACAUGUAUAAGAUACAUUUUUGUUUGUUUUUUAUAAGCAUUCCUAUAUUUGUUUGAAACAUUUUAUUUUGUUGUUAGAAUCUACUGUACAGACCUUCCAAAUCACCAAUGACAGCACAAUAAAGCUGAUCUCAAAACGAUGUAUACCAAAUAAAUAAUGUAUAUGAUAAGUUACUUGGGGUGAUACAUAAGUCACGAUAUGAUAUGUAUCGCAAUACGCAUAUUUUGUCAAAUCACAUUGAAACAUCUUAACCAUAAAUAUUUCCAAAGGAAAAGCGAGCUGUGGCCACAUGUUUGUAGCGGUGAUUUUUAGUAGUGAACUUGAAAUGAGAAUUUUGUGAUAUUUGAUGGACAAAAACGCUAGGGGUCAUAAAACAAGUGGUAAGUAAUUAAUUUUACCAAGUGUAUUGUCUUGUAUUGAUACAGAAAAGAAUGAAUUGCGUAUCGUAUCAUUGCAUGACAACUCAUGAUGCUGGUUGGUUGGUUUGUUGUUUUAUGCCGCACUCAGCAAUAUUUCAGCUAUAUGACGGCAGUCAGUAAAUAGUCGAGUCUGGACCAGACAAUCCAGUGAUUAAUAUCAUGAGCAUCAAUCCACGCAGUUGGGAUACGAUGACAUGCAUCAACCAAGUCAGCGAGCCUGACCACCAGAUCCUGUUAGUCGCCUUUUACGACAAGCAUGGGUUGCUGAAGACCUAUUCUACCCCGGAAUCUUCAUGGGUCUGAAGCAACGAUGUAUCAUUUCACCCCUUUAAGUCACAUUUGUUGAUAUUAUGUUUGGGGUAUAAAAAUGUAUUUUUACAAACACUGACAUCAUCUACAUUACAAUGACUUUUCGAUAGACUUAGUCUUAACAUAGGGACCAUUAUUAGCUGAGCUGUGAUUGGACUUUAGAGAUUAUUUAAUGUUGCCUCAUUAAACAUGCUAAACAUGCUAAACAUGCUAACUGUCCAAAAACAUGCUAGAUGUCCACGAAACAUGCUAAAUGUCCAUGAAACAUGCCAAAUGUCCAUGAAACAUGCUAAAUGUCCAUGAAACGUGCAAAAUGUCUGAAUUACAAAUCAACAAAAAGCUAACAGAGUAGGGCAGGGUCAAAGAUUGAUUUUAGGAAGACAUUUUCAUUGAUUUUUGUCGCAACAUGUGGACUAUUGUCAGCUGAGCUCACCAGACAAAGUUCACUAGAUUCAAGAUUCAGGCAAAAGAGACUGCGAUAUGUAAAAAUGAUUACAAUUUCUGUGCCAUCAAAAAAGAAAAUCAACGGCCAUAAGCAGACACUGAUUGGGUCCUUAUCUCUUAGUGUCCUCUAGAAAAAAGCUGGAGCUGUCAUACUUUAAGAGUUGUAUAGCAGAGUUUCAGAUUGGUUUUAUUUUCUUGGACAUUGACUUAUUGUCAUCAAAAAUGUCUAAAGAUAACAUCAAUUCUGGUAAUAAGGAACAGCGUAAUAUCCAGGGUUUUACAUGACGCCAAAAUGUGCGUCCAGCAUGCACAAAUGUAUAAAACAAAUGCCGAAAAAAACAAUAUAUCAUCCCGCGUGAGUGAGUUAAAAUUUAACGUCGCAUCAGCUUUAUUUCACCCAUAUAGGGACCCGAAGGCAGCACAUAAUAUAUACAGCUUACCCAAUCCUUGACAAUAAAUAUACAGGUCCCAUAAUUAAAAUAAUUACAGUGCACUACACUUCAUGAUUUCAAUAAUUUCAACCUAGAAAUUAAACAUGUGGGGUGUCCUGGACCCCUGCUUUGUAGGUAUAGGUAUUACCCUGACUGUCCUAUCUAAAUCUGAUAAAAUCAUGAAAAUGUCCAUAUGACAUUUGUCCCUGCCAAAAUCACUGUACAAAAGCCCAUCUUUCCUUUCAGUUUUGUUGUUGCAAUUUGACCAUGGCCUUUUUCAAGAAUUAUCCAUGCACGUUGAAGUAACUAGUUAUGUAUUAUGCUGAGUGUAAGAAUUGAUGUACACAUGUAUUGAUGUUGGGUGUGUCGGUGUAGGAUAACUUGGCUGUUAUGAGUAACUGAAUCUGUCAUCCGUGUAGUGAAUAUGACAAUAAAAGUGGUUUACAAAA